AUGAUUUCACGGCCAACAACGCCCAUUCUCCAUCAAGGUGGCUCGAGCAAUCAGCCAUCGGGGCGGAACUCGAUGGACCAAGGGCGUCGAAGCAUCACCAUCGAGGAGCCCGAACGACCGCGACCAGCCGCCAGUCACACUUCGCUUACCUCUGGAACCACCACCGGCUCUUCCUCUCCGUCCCGCUCCGCUAUCGUCGGCGAUGGCUCAUACGGUGGACGACGAGGCGGGCCAGCGAUGAGCAAGAGUCGCACCAGCUCCUCGGGUGGUCUCAGCGAUGUCAAGGCGGGCUAUGAGCGCAGGGUUGGCUUUGACACCAUGCCCGAUGCCGACGAGACGAGCUCCGGCGCCUUCAGCUUUACCUUGCAAGUCAAGUCUCGCGGCUUCAUGCGGACGAAGAACACGCGAACAUUCAUGGUGGCGGUAGACGACAAUGCGCACUCCGAACGCGCGCUCGAGUGGCUUAUGGAGAACCUGGUGGAGGACGGAGACGAGGUGGUGGCUGUGCGCAUCCUCGACGAGGAAGCGUACCAGAUCGACCAGGAGGACGCACGUGAGGAGGCGCGCGAACUCAUGGCAUCCAUCGUCGAGCUCAACGAGGAGGCGGAAGACAGGCGCAUCUCGAUCGUCGUCGAGUUCGUCGCUGGUAAAGUGACACCGACGAUUCUCGAGAUCAUCCACGUCUAUCGCCCAGACAGCCUGACCGUGGGCACACAGGGAAAGUCGGCCAACAAGUUUCAGAAGAUGCUUGGACAGCACCACAUGGGUCACGUCAGCCGAGACAUCCUCACCUCGUCGCCCGUGCCCGUGGUCGUGGUGAGACCGGAGGCAAAAGUGCAGAAGCACCUCAACAAGCGUCAGAACGAUCCCAAACGCAGAGGCUACCAUAACCUGGUCAAGGGCAACGGCGAUCUGCCCAUGAGCAUCACCAAGAAGAAGCGCCGUUCGUUGCAGAUUCCGACUUGA